UCCCCCGUUUCCUCUCCCCAUACCGGAAGUGAACUCUUGUAAUUUCCUGAGCCGGGAUCUGAGAACGGCUUGAGUUGGACUAGUUGAGUGAACUUCUGGAGUUAUACGGUGGGGACACUUGCAGGAAUGUCGGUGGCUGGGUUUAAGAAGCAGUUCUACAAAGCUAGCCAGCUUGUGAGUGAAAAAGUUGGAGGAGCGGAAGGGACCAAGCUAGAUGAUGAUUUUAAAGACAUGGAAAAGAUUUUUAAAGACAUUUCUGGUGACUACUACUCCCACUGUGAUUUUCUGCUCCUGGGGAUCAUUAGUUUGGUGAUACGUAUGAAAGUGGAUGUAACCAGUAAAGCUGUGACUGAUGUCCUGGCUAAGACAACUGAAUACCUACAGCCAAAUCCAGCCUCUCGUGCUAAGCUUUCUAUGUUGAAUACUGUAUCUAAAAUUCGAGGACAAGUGAAGAACCCUGGAUACCCUCAGCCUGAAGGUCUUUUGGGAGAAUGUAUGAUUCGUUAUGGAAAAGAACUUGGCGAAGAUUCGAACUUUGGUGAUGCGUUGCUGGAUGCUGGAGAGUCCAUGAAGAGAUUAGCGGAAGUAAAAGAUUCAUUGGACAUAGAAGUCAAACAAAAUUUUCUAGAUCCUCUUCAGAAUCUGUGCGACAAGGACUUAAAGGAAAUACAGCAUCACCUGAAGAAACUUGAAGGUCGUAGGUUGGAUUAUGACUACAAAAAAAAGCGUCAGGGGAAAAUACCAGAUGAGGAGCUGCGACAAGCUUGGGAAAAGUUUGUUGAGUAUAAAGAUGUAGCAGAGACAAGCAUGCUUAACCUCCUGGAUACUGAUGUGGAGCAAGUCAGUCAGCUCUCAGCUUUGGUGGAAGCACAGUUGGAUUAUCACAGGCAGGCUGUGCAAAUUCUGGAUGAAUUAUCUGACAAAUUAAAGGACAGAGUUCGUGAAGCCUCCUCUAGACCCAAAAGAGAAUACAAACCUAAGCCAAGGGAAGCCUAUGAUUAUGCUGACAGUGAACAGUCUAAUGGUGGAAUCUCUUGCAACUCUUCAGUCAGACCAUCAGCCUCGCCCUCUUUUCGCUCAGAGAAAACAGUCAAAACAUCAAGCGAUCGCAGUUCAACUCCAUUGGAUCAACCAUGUUGCAAAGCUUUGUACGAUUUUGAACCUGAGAAUGAUGGUGAACUUGGUUUCCGUGAAGGUGAUAUCAUCACCCUUACCAAUCAAAUUGAUGAGAACUGGUAUGAAGGAAUGAUCAAUGGGCAAUCCGGAUUUUUUCCCCUCAACUAUGUUGAAGUUCUUGUUUCAUUGCCCCAGUGAAGAUAUGGUAAUUCCACAAUUGGUAGUAUUUCAUACCAAAUCUUAUUCACAAGGACCAAAACACUGGAGUGCUGUUAACAUCUCUUCCUGUAUUAGAGGAUGCUCGUACAUCUUAAAGAACAGGGCUUGCUAAUUGUUUAAUCAUGUGGUGUAUUAGCUUCAGAACAUCACCUGUAAAUCUGACUCCGUCCAUCCUUUUUUUUAUUUUUAUUUUUUUAUGAACUUAUCAAUAAGAUAUUCACUACAGUAUCAUCUGUUUCAUAGAACACUAAGAGGUUUACCACUAUCAUGGAGCCUUUGUAUUAAUUUAGUAAAAAUCCAGUAAAGAAUUUUGUUAUUCUAUAUGACAGUGAAUUAACCUCGAACACACAGAUUUAUGUUUUACAGCUAUGUGAGGAAAAGGUUAUGCUCCCUAUUUUCUUUUAUUAUUACCUUUUAACCUUUCAGUCUGUAAAAAAAAAAAAAUGUAUAUCAAUAAAUGUAAACAUAUGUAACCUUCUAAACAAUAUUACCUGUCUUGCUACAUUAUGUAUUUUAUAAAUCUCUUUUAACCUGCUAUUUCACACACUUUAUAAUGGCCAAAUCUAAGUUAAACUCUUGCACUGUUUGUACACCAACAUCUUGAAGGGCUUGUUAAUAUAAACUGCAUCAUUUUAUAUUUACUUGUACAGCAAUAAAUAUUUUGGAGAAAUCCAUACAAUUGUUAAAA